AUGGCACAUUUGCUUCGUUUCAGCUUUUGCCUUCUUCUUUUCUCUUUUGUUUAUGGAGCCAGAGAACUGGCUGAUGUUUCUCCUACUGGACAAGGGGUUAAGCUUCCUCUGAAGAAGCAAGGUGACAAUUACCUUGUCACAGUUGGGUUUGGCACACCUAAGCUUGAUUUAACGUUAAUGGUGGACACAGGAAGUGCCGCUACGUGGAUAAAAUGUAAACCGUGCAUUACCUGUAAACCAAAUGAAACCCUUUUUGAUCCUCUCCAAUCUUCAACGUUUUCCAAUUGUUCUUCUGCUAAUAAUUGCCAAAGCAACCAAAGGCUAGACUACCACGACGGGUCUAAAGUUGAUGGAAAUUCUGUACAAGAUACCUUAACCUUAACUUCACAGGUGUUUUUUCCACGCUUUGAGUUCCUUUGUGGUUACAAUCCCAGUGGAUUUGAUAAAGUUGAGGGGUUAUUAGCUCUGGGCUUGACUGAUAAUUCCUUCAUACAUCAAACAAGCCAAGCAUUUUCCCAAAAAUUUGGCUACUGUCUUCCAUCCUCAGAUUCCUCCACUGGGUUCCUGGCUUUUGGAGAUGAAGCAGCCGCAGCCUGCAAACCUCUGUUUCAUGUUUCACUUGUUUUAGGUCCAAAAAGGGACAAUCAAAAUUACUAUAUCAACCUUUUUGCUAUCACAAUUGGCCAAAAGAUACUGCCUAUGCCUUCUUCCUCACAAAAAGCUCUGUUGGACUCUGGAACCCGCACGACUCGCUUGCCUCCAUCAGUUUACUCAGAGCUUAGUUCUUCAUUUCUGGAGUUGAUGUCAGAAUAUCCCAUAGUUGAAUCUGGGAAGAUGUGCUUUAAUCUUGAGGGGCACGAUUUAAGCACUGCUUAUAUACCAACUAUCACCCUGCACUUUGGGGAUUCUUUGGAUUUAACUUUGGGCUCUCCAUCUGUUGUUUUUAGUGACGGUGAGAGUAAUCCUAAUUCCAAAGUGUGCUUGGCUUUUGCUGAAGACGAAGAAACCAUUAUCGGCAGUCAUCAGCUGGAGAAUGUGAAUAUACUCUACGAUAUAGCAAAUAGUCAGGUGGGACUUUCUCUUAACCCUGGUUGCGGCAGCUAUUGA